AUGGCGCUGGUGAUUGCAAAGAUCAUGUCUAACAACAACACUACCGACACUGAAACCAACGGUCCUUCAAACAGCAAACUAGACAGCAGUCUUGAAGCAGAUAUCGCUCAUUUGAGCAAUCUUGUGAUAAACGGCUCAUUGGACGGUAGUAAUGAAACAGAAGACUUGAUAGAAAUUUUGGCGCGUCUGGAGAGUGCUGAUGGUAUGGCACAGGGCAUUGAAGGGAGAUUGGACGACAUAUUGGGAACCUUGGAUGAUCUUUUGACGUCCCUCGAGGCCGAUGAUGAGGCAAAAAUCAUGGAGAAUGAGAAGACGAUAUCAGUAGAGGCAGAACGAGUCGCUGUGGCAUCAGCGGAGAGCAAUCCUAGUGGGCCUGCUCUCUCUCCCUAG